GGCGGGGGCGGCGGCAGGGGGCGGCGCGGGGCCCGGCCCGGAGGGGCAGAGCUGAGCCGAGCCCGCCGGGAGGGGCCGCGUCGGCGUCCGCGCAGGCCGAGCCGAGCCGAGCCGAGCCGAGCCGAGCCGAACCGGGCGGAACCGAACCGGCCUGAGGGCGGCGGGCGGACGGGCGGAAUGGGCGUGGCGCGGGGGCGCUGCAGCCGUCCGUAGCCCGCCCCGCCCCGCCGCCGCCGCCGCCUCGCCCCGCCGGGGCCGCCGGGGCCGCGGGCGGCAGCGCUGCGAGCGGCGGCGGCGCCAUGGGGCACCCGCCGCUGGAGUUCAGCGACUGCUACCUGGACAGCCCCGACUUCCGCGAGCGCCUCAAGUGCUACGAGCAGGAGCUGGAGCGCACCAACAAGUUCAUCAAGGAGGUCAUCAAGGACGGCAACGCGCUCAUCGCCGCCAUCCGCGGUUACUCAUCGGCAGUGCAGAAAUUCUCCCAGACUUUGCAGUCCUUUCAGUUUGACUUUAUUGGUGACACACUAACAGAUGAUGAGAUUAAUAUUGCUGAAUCCUUUAAGGAAUUUGCAGAGUUGCUCCACGAGGUAGAACUUGAGAGAUCAAUGAUGGUGCAAAACGCUAGUGAUUUGCUGAUCAAACCUUUGGAAAGUUUUCGGAAGGAGCAAAUAGGGUUCACCAAGGAAAGGAAGAAAAAGUUUGAGAAGGAUGGUGAGAAGUUUUAUUCCAUGUUGGAUCGCCAUUUGCAUUUGUCUUCUAAAAAGAAGGAAUCCCAACUACAAGAGGCUGACCUCCAGGUUGACAAAGAGAGACACAAUUUCUUUGAGUCCUCCCUUGAGUAUGUGUACCAGAUCCAGGAAGUACAAGAAAGCAAGAAAUUCAGUAUUGUUGAACCGGUGUUGGCUUUUCUCCAUAGCCUCUUUACUUAUAACAACCUGACAGUUGAACUCACACAGGAUUUCCUUCCUUAUAAACAGCAGCUUCAGCUCAGCCUGCAGAAUACAAGGAAUCACUUUUCCAGCACAAGAGAGGAGUUGGAAGACCUGAAGAAAAGGAUGAAAGAAGCCCCCCUAACCUGCAAACUACCUGGGCAGCCAACCAUAGAGGGUUAUCUGUACACUCAAGAGAAAUGGGCACUGGGCAUCUCUUGGGUGAAAUACUAUUGUCAAUAUGAAAAAGAGGCAAAAACGUUAAGGAUGACCCCCAUCGACCAGAAGCCUGGAGCUAAGCAAGGCACCUUAGACUUGACAUUGAAAUCCUGUGUAAGGAGAAAGACUGAUUCUAUAGACAAAAGGUUUUGCUUCGACAUUGAAACUAAUGAAAGAUCUGGUACCAUCACACUGCAAGCACUUUCCGAAGCUAAUCGAAGGCUAUGGAUGGAAGCCAUGGAUGGAAAAGAGCCAAUCUACCACAGUCCCAUCACGAAACAGGAGGAAAUGGAGUUGAACGAGGUCGGCUUCAAGUUUGUAAGGAAGUGCAUCAACGCAGUAGAAACGAAAGGGAUUACUACAGAGGGCAUCUACCGAACUGUUGGCAGCAAUAUUCAGGUGCAGAAGUUGCUGAAUGCCUUUUUUGAUCCAAAAUGUCCAGGGGACGUAGAUCUCCAAAGCAGUGACUGGGACAUCAAGACAAUUACCAGCUCACUGAAGUUUUAUCUCAGGAACCUGUCUGAGCCCGUCAUGACGUACAAACUCCACAAGGAGCUGGUCUUGGCUGCCAAAUCCGAGAACCUGGAUUACAGGCUGGGAGCCAUUCAUGCUCUGGUCUAUAAACUACCUGAUAAAAACAGAGAGAUGUUAGAGCUCCUCAUACGACACCUAGUCAAUAUAUGUGAGCACAGCCGAGAGAACCUGAUGUCACCAUCUAACAUGGGGGUAAUAUUUGGACCUACCCUCAUGCGAGCACAGGAGGACACCGUAGCAGCAAUGAUGAACAUCAAGUUUCAAAACAUUGUAGUUGAGAUCCUCAUCGAGCAUUUUGCAAAGAUCUACUCUGGACCCCCAGAAGACAGCACUGCCCCACCAGUCCCUCCUCCGAGGGUGACUGCCCGGCGACACAAACCAAUCACCAUUUCCAAACGUCCUCUGAGGGAAAGGCCUGUCUUUUUCGGUGCUUCUGUGGGAGAAAGCGAAGGGGACGGCCGUAUCCAGACGCUGAACGGCACCGCCGUCUCCGCGGGCGCCGAGGCUCCCAGGCCGCUGCACCGGAGCCGGGUGCCGGCGCCGCGGGCCGGGGAGGCGGAUGCCGCCAGGCCGCCCGCCGAGAGCCCGCCGGAGCCGCGGGCCGAGGGCGACGUGGGCAAGCUGCUGUCCCGGCUGCAGGACGCGGGGGUGAAGCUGGCCGGCAGGUCCGCCAACGGGGUGGUGUCCGGCCCCGCUCCGAAGACCUCCACGCUGCACGCCAAGCGGCCGGCGCCUCGGCCUGCCAUUUACGGCAGGGAGGGUGAGUAUGAUGGUGUUCCUAAACCACGAUCCCACGGCGACAAGCCUGUGAUAACACGUCCCCCGGUGAGACCUCCGGACCCACCGUGCAGGACUCCUGCCCCGCAGAAGCUGGAGCAGAAGCCAGACCUGACAGCAGCAGCAGCAGAGGAGAUGCCUUCGUCCGUAGUUGCCUCUAGGACAAAGUUCUUUGAGACCGCUUCCCGAAGAAGCAGCAGUUCUUCAUCACCACAAGGCAGGCUCCCAGGUGAUGACAGCUGAGGUUAAAGACUUUUUAACCACCGAAGCCCGCCUGGACCCAGGAGACUUUCUGUGCUUGUGAAAUGGACAUCUCACAGCUAAGAUCUUUCCAGUUCAUAUGACCCUGGAGAGCAGCUAUCUUACAGGACGAUAAUUUCAGAGCAUGCUGUCAUAAGUGGCUGAAGAAAUUAGAAGAGAGGGAGAUAAAAAUGGAGAGAAGACCCUACCUACUUGUUUGUUUUGAAUUGUUCACGGUCCUUCCAUCAUUCUUCUCUACACAGGCCAUGUGUAAAGGAUGCUUGUUGUUUGCCCUCUCAGGUGACCAGCCGGACUUGCACUGUUGGGUGAAAGCCAACAGAGGACAUCCGAUGGGAAGGAAGCGCAGAGGAUGAGAGCAGCUAUUGACCUGCUCACGUUUUGUGAAAUCCGCCUGGCAAGGGGGAUCUUGGAGAGAGACUGCAGUCAAAAUGCAAGGAACUGAUUCCCGGUGUUUGGAUGCAGGGACAGAAGAGACUGAAGUUUGGGUUGGCCCUCUUUGUCAUGAGAAGCUCCUUCCAAUAUGUUAUGUUUUCCUUGCUAAGUGAGCUAUAAUGUGUUUUUCAGUGUUUAAGAGAGUAGUAUGUAUUACUGAGAAUACUGCUUGUGCUAAGGCAGGCAGGGGAGGAGCUGGGGGAAGGGGGGUGGGGUUGUCGUGCUUAGCUUUAUGGGAAUUCUCUUCGUCCCGUUACUUCAUCAGCAUGCCUCUGUGCUGAGGAACAGGCAUCCUGUGCGCUGGGAAACCUGGUCGUCCAAGGGGUUGUGUGUGAAUUACAAACUGGGAGCCCCCCUGCCCGAGGCGAGUGUUCGGGGAGGCACCGGGGAGGUCGGCCGCCUUCGGUGAGCGGGACCGAGAGGAGCGGGCCAGCCGCUCUGCCCCCGGGGCCGGUCCCUCGCGAGACCCACGGGGAGCACGGCCAGCGUGGGGAGUGGGGAGCAACGGGAACUCGCCCGACGUGGGUCAAAACCCACUUUUUCUCAGACGCACCCACUUUCUCACUUGCUGUGAUCCCUCUUCCUUAACAGCAGUCUUCUAGAUGAUGCUCCUCAUGGUCUGGAAGGGAUGUGUGUGUCCCUUCGCCAGGACCAUUCCUCAUGCCUCUGUUAGCAGAGGAGAAUUGUGUGGUGGUUCCCAUUAACAGCAGGGUCAGUGUCUGAGCUGUCGUGUUUACCUGUAAAUAGGCAACGAGCUGCUUCCCUGCUUUCUGUCAAGCAGCUUCCCUGCUUUGCUUUUCCUCGGCACUGGGAGCAUUCCUGGCUCCUUCCCGGAGCCGGUGCUCCGAGCAUCCCCGGCGCUUCCUCCCGCUGCAACGCCACGCUUUGCCGGUGCCGCUUUGCCGGCCGGACGCCGCGGCGGUGCUUUCCGUGCCGUCUCCUGGCGCCCGCUCGCAUGGGCAUCUGCUGGGCGUCUGCUUCGUUACCCAACGUCCUGCUGCCGCCCCCCCAUUCCAGCUGUGCCCCAGCUGUUCACCCCUGUACUCGCACUUUGAGCAGCGGCACCUAAAGGCGGAUUUAAAAUAAAAGAGUAAGUGAUGUCGACAUCUAGACUUCUAUAGCGACUGGCGUGUUGGAGCUUUUCGGAGCUAAGCUCAGCCGCUGCGGUUGCGCUGCUGCACCGUCUGCUAAGGAGCAGGGAGGUGCACGCGGCGUCAGACCCCUAAAACAGCGUAGAGGGGGUAGAGCUGCAACAUGACGCGUCUGACAGAGACGGGGAGGUUCGGAACUGCUGUAUCCUGCUGGGGCAUCGCCGCCGCCGGGAGCCGGGUUCAGCUGAGCUAGGGCGGCCGCCUUUCCCCCCCCAGACUGGGAUCCAGCCCUGCGUCUCCCGCGCGGGAGGGACCAGGGACCCCCCCCGCCCCCAGGCCGAGCGCGGUCCAAAGGUGUGUCAACCACUGGCUUUUCCAGAAGGCUGAAACUCCCCAAAACGCCUUCUCAUUUUAGGGGUGGACUUUGAGGGCCUUUGGCUGUACAUUUUCGGAAGCGCCGAGCAUCUGGGUGCUCGCUGAAACGCAGAGGUGGGACUGGUACGUGGCUGCCUUCGUCGUGGGCCUCAUCUCGGACUGCAGACGUUCGGCCGUGGAGGCACCAGAAUUACUGGCCUUGUGUGAAAUCGUGUCUGUUCGAUGUUUUCUGUCCCCGCCUCCCCCAAAUGCUGCUCACUGCUCGUGAACAGUCGGUCUCAUGUUUUCUGCUGGCUCCGAUGCCUGUGGGAUAGAGCUGAGUCAGUGCGGAAAAAAAGGGGAGAGAUUUCGGUUUUCAAGUCUGGCGUCGUAAACAAUGGAAGGAAGCAGCUUAUUAAAAACACGUGUCGUUACGUCCUUUUA